GGCGCAACUGAGAAAAAUGGUGCAUGCUCAAUGGGCCCAGAGAAGCGUUUUUUUAAGUUGAUCUGUUCGGAUCGACGCUCACGCUGGUGACGCUGCGCAUCGCGCAUGUCUCUCUGCUUUGACGCGGAAAUGGUACGGAGCUCUUCUAAGAAGGUGUGAAGGUGCCAGUACUUUUUCCCUCAACAACCAGUUUUCGGUAUCGCGUUUUCCGCAUUGGGUGAUGCAAAUGCAAAUAUUUAUGCAGCUUCUGUUCGCUGUUGUUGCCCUGGUAAAUGCUUCAUUAUGCAGAUCGGCAUGUGUCCCGUCCGGUGAGACAUACGUUGUCAACCAACAACAAUCGGACUUCGUCCUUUCCAAGAUGCCACAUCUGUGCGUGUGACCUUUUUCAUUUUUAUGAUACAGGGACUUGACAUCGUGAUGGUGUGUGUGGCACUGCGUCUCUAUUUUCUGCGCGAUCAGCAGGCUAGGCAUGCCGCCCGAUGGUGCCCUACAACACGCAGGCGACCUACUUCACAUUUUUCCAGAAAAAAACCGUUUCGCCACUAAUUCUGCUAGCAAACUAAAGCAGAUUAACAGGCACGACCGCUUCGUUCGAGGCGUAACAUAUGGAUAACUGUUUUUCCUGGUGUUAACCUGCAGAGAAAACUAUUACUUACAUGUUAGCAGGUUCAGUUCCACCGUUGUGGAAGUGGUAAUAUCUCCGGCGCAGGACUGGAGAUCGCGUCAGUUCUUGGAACACAACUUCACAGAAUGAAAAAUGGAGUAUGAACAUCUCUUCGUACCGUGCUGUACCCGUCAGCUGCAAUCUACCAGACCGGUGAACUAAUCGAGGUGGAAACAGACGGCGCAGGCGAGCGAUCGCGGUGCGAGCACCACCCUCUGUAGGAUGUGCCAAGUCCGAUGCGCAAAUUUAGGGUUCAGACCUGUGUGUGUGAGUGACUAACUUCCAGUGAAGACGGUAACCGCCUCAUUUACUUCCGACAGACAUUGCUACCAGCUGCGUCGGCGGAACUUACCGCUGAUGACAACAGCUGCUGAGGAGAAACAAUAGGCGGACGCUGACCAUUGCACUCACAGUACCUCUCGGGUUGGGUCAACCAUGAAAUCCCCCUGUAAGCCUGGCCUCGAAAGUUGGCAACAGAGGACUCGAGUGGGCACAUCAAGAAGCUACACAUGUAUAUAAUCACAGGAAGAGGAAAGCUAUCUUAUUUUCGGGACAUUGUUCAGUCCUUGAGGACGACUCUAACGACUUUGUAGCUACGCCGCGAUGAAGCCAGAAACUCUCGCGUGCGCCAGCUCAGAUCUGGGUGUCUGUGUACCGCUCUUCACUAUCUCACAUUUCCGGAUUGGCUCACUUUAGAGCACUUCUGCUGUGUCCCUGGACAUGUUGACAUCCGGAUACGAAGAUUACUAAUAUGACAUUCUGCAGCGAACUCCUGAGUUCCUUUUAUGGAAACGGUGGAGCCCCGAUCUCGCCUGCGGCCCUGCAUUUGACUACUGCGGCGAGACAGGCUGCCCCCACCCACAGCCGUGUCGGGGAGCUCCGGGACUGGCGCGGAUCCGGCAGGGAAAUGCCGCUUCACUAUUUCGUGCAAUUUUGGCCGUCGCCACCUUGUUUUAUUUUCAAUGCGGUCUAUAGCUUUGACAGAGGCGACAAACCUCCUUCAGCCAGCCCAUCCUUGUUGUGCGUGUUCUAUUGGCUUCAGGGCGAGAUCCCUUGUCGUGUUACCCUGUGUUGGACAGGGUAUAUGGGGAGCAGUACCGUCAGUCGACGUUAGUUUCGCGGCGGGUACACCUGAGGACAGACCCGCCACUCGUUGAUGCUAACAGACAGUCCGACCCAUGAAAAACAAACCGAACACUUUCUAGGGCCAUGUUUCGUAACCGGACGAGGUUCGUCUUUUUUUUUCGGAUGUCGCCGCCCCACUGCCCUUGCCACGCCUGGGCAGUCUCGCGAGUAAACAGAGCCCCGGCCAUGUAACGCGCCAAGAUUCUCAAUUGAUGCUCUUCGCCGUGUUAACCGAUUUUCUUUUUCGUUGCUCGGCAACACACCACACAGGUAUUUUAGUUGGCUGUUUGAUAGUCCUUUUUAAAAUUUCCAGCUCGAACAGCGGGAAGUUCCUGACUAAGGUGAUUCGGCAGUCUGCUGCCCGGAAGGAACCGGUGCAGUGUGCGUCUUGAAAACUCACGCACAAACUUCUCACAUACGUCACAGAAGUUAUCCUAGGAUGUUUUUCGUCUCUCACGCACUUUGAUCUGUCGUCAUUUCUCUGUUCUUACGUCGGGUCACCUGUUAUUUGUGCUACUGGUGGCCUGAGUGUAGGUGUAUUUCUGCAGACAUGGUGGUUCCUGUACUUUUGUGUUGUUUGCCGCAUCCCAAGUGAGACGUGUUUCUCAAUGUAUAAGUAUCUGCGACCCACCUGUAUUCAUUUUUACGAUUGAGCGCACGUGUGUUUCAUUAAGGGACGCAGUCCUUUCCGCGGAUAGUCGCUCAGAUGUAGCGCGCGGAUGCUCUCCAGCAGCGUAGGGUCUGGCUGUCCUGGGUCACACACCAGAAGUGAGCAGAAUUUUUUCAUAUGAAUUUUUCUUCAAGUUCUCAGUAGUAUGGGGGGCUCAAUACGGUGGCAGUGAGAUAGCUUGCUAGACAUGCGUGUGUAGAGGCGGAACAACAGACAUCUCGCUGAGACAAUAUAUUCUAUUCGAACGUCUGUUGGGUCAUCAUAAAAAGAUAUUUUUGUCUUCUUAAGUUCUCAUUGAGAUCUUCUACUGGUGCUGAACGGAGUUUUGACAUUAUGUGGCGGCAUGUUCCUUCCUCCGCUUUUACACCUUUGUUGUUCAUAGUCUGAGAGAGCUCGCGAUGGAGAGUCGCUCUUGCGGUGAAGGCUUUUGUCGUUUCUAAACCUCCACGAGGAGGCAAGCAUUCGAAUGCUCCAUUGGAUGGUUUUGUAGCUGCCCCGAUGCCCAUUCAUCACUCUUGCUUCGUAUCUCUCGAGACGUCAAUGCGAUCGGGAAGCGAUGGUUGUCCCGUCCCGAUUUUCCCGUUUGGCCUUUGAUUUCAACGAAACGGGAGCUUGAAGUGGUCUCCUCAGCUGUUUUUCUAGUUCGUUUCGCUUUCUGAUUCUUACUCACCAUCAUGUUGUCGCGGCGCUGUAAGAGAUCAAGCGCGGAAGACAGUGGCGCAAAUGAGGUGGGUGCCAACGCGGAUCAGUCAAAACGUCUUCGACACUCGCUUGACUCGAUAAUCGAAAAGGGAGGCGAUCCGGUAAACCACGAUUCCGCGAUGUUGCUGGAUUGUGCUCCGACGCAGACUGGACGCGCCUUCGCUUUUCUGUCGAUGCCGGCGCCUAUAGAACCGUCUGGGAACGAGGAAUCAGCUCCAGCAGUACAUCGGGAUAGCGGGGUAGGCGGGAUAGAUUAUCCACGUCCUGUUGCUUCCAUAUCUGUCGAAUCAUCAAGCCAAGUGGUAGCACCAAGAGACGAAAAUCCUUCUGCGAGCUACCAAAGGCGUGGUGAUUCUCCACCUUCUCUACGAAACGGAGGCGAUCGGCAGGAGCGGAAGAGGACAGCAGUCGCCCCGGAAGCAAAUGAGCCACAGGACAACGAGACUAAAAAUGAGGAAUGGUUACAGCUCGCCCGACUCAAACCCAAAGUCGAGGGCGUGUGUUUUGAUCGCUUUUUUAGACGGUGGGUUGCAAAGAGAGCAGGACUGAAGAAAGUCUACUUCCCUGUCUAUAAGUACGGCUUCGAUCGAGCCUACGAACUUGCUGUGGCCACGCGGCGCGGUCUGGAAAAUGAUGCAGCUGCUGGAAUUCGUGCGGUUGGAGCCUUACGACCACGAAUUUCUGAGGCAGCUGGCUGCACCAGUUCACCAGGCAUGUUAUCAGAGGACGCAUGCCCUGAAAAACCGCCUGUACCUGUUCAACCCCCUCGCACGUUGAGCACGCGAGCCACCGCAGCUCAGGCAGAAGUUAAAAGUGGGGAUUCGGCAGAAUCGACAAAAAAUGACUCGGAAGGGGCUCACGUUUUAGAAGGUGCUGAGCUGCAAACGCCUGAAAGGUCUACGUCGAACACGAUUUGCUGGGCAACGGCUGCCGAGGGCAGUAUAAGCAAAACAGACGGAUUCCAAAACCGUUCCAGUCCAAGUGGUUUCGGUCACGGAAGCCGGAACAAACCUGAAUUGUCGCAACAAAAGGUGGAGACGACCUCCCGAGGAAUCCGGUCUGCUUCGGCUAGCUGCAAUAGGGAGAAAGACCAAGGAGGCUCAGCGUGCUCGGUGUUGUCUAUCGCAUCCUUCUCCCUAAGUCAAAUCGAUGAGGAGCUGGAAGGGAUAAAUGACGAGGCAUAUGAAGCAGAAAGGCUGCAGGCUGACGAGGACAGAUCCCAUGCACCAGCAGCUUCACAUGGCGAGGGAGGCACCUCGGCUGGUGAAUCUACUGCAGCCAGCACGACAGGGAGUGAAGACAGUGGUCCACUAAGAGCAGCGACAAGUCCCCUCAUGUUUCCCCAGGGUAGCGAGGGCUCUGCUUCUUCUGCAUCUACCGAGAUUAUGGUCUUGGACGAUGAAAGCAUGCAACAGGCCCUGGUGACAGCGUCUGCGGAAACGCUGAACAAGCUCCGGAGCACGCUACCUGCAGGCGUCCACUUCGAUUUCGCGUCGAAGCGCUGGUUUGCCGUCUACAGUUCGCAUGAGAGUCCAGAGGCAACACAACGUGACCCUGUGCGUCCGAAAGAGCGAGUUCGGAUUUUUGAUCCUACCCAGUAUGAAGGCUCCAUGCUGAAAGCGUUUCAUGCAUGCCGUAGCUUCUGUGGCUCUGUCGAAGCCGGCGCGUCCGACUGGGACUCGGUGCCUCAGCUGGUGCCGGAACAGCGCAAGCAAGGGGAAUGCCAAGAUACCUCCGGGUCGAGUGAUCAAGGAGCGAACCGGCUUUCUCCCACAGAAACAGAAAACCCCCCAACAGCAGACCACCCGCGGAGUCUCUCCGCGACCACUCGACCAGAGGGCUCCUUGGAACAGACGCAGCACCCACAAAGAAACAGAGGCAUUCUGGGGAUUCAACCUGGUGAGACGGAAGGGCUGCAAGUGCCGUCAAACGGACAUGGAGUCAACGCUGGGGACAUUGAGACAAAUCUUCUUGACGCUGAGUUUGGUAGCGAGACCCGCGCAAGAACUACAGCUCUGCCUCAUCUGCGACGGUCGCAGCGUCGAGCAGAUCCCGCUAGGAGCGUUCAUUCAAACACGUUUGCCGGUCAAGAGUUGCAUCAGUCCCCAAAGCCUGGAAAUCAAACAUCUCGCGGAGAAUCAGGAAGGAGCAGCUUACGCAGGAAAAACCAGGUUUCGACGAACGAGAAAGGAUUGCCAGGAGAAGGUGGUUGUAGGACCGACGAGAAAAGCAAGCAAGUUAGCUAUGUAUCGUUCUCUGAACCCAUCACUGUUAGGUACCAACAAGUGCCGACCGAAAGUGCAAGCACCAGAGGAUGUAGUCAGAGGAGACCCCAAAACGCUGAAGAGCUCGAGGACAGACGGUCUCCAUUGACUAGACAGGAGGAACGAACUGAAAGCGACCCGCGGACAACAGCAGGCCUAUGCCAAGAAAAUCCCCAUCCAUCGUAUCGUUUUCUUCGCCAGCAAUCGCGAGAACUGGCGGUCCGGUGCCUUUUAGUGAUAUUUGGUAACCUCGCUGACGUGUGCACUCCCGCCUUGUUUCGGUUGUUUCCACAGGAUCGGUGCAGACGCGUUCGUGCGGUACUGCAGCACCGCGAUUUGCUCCAAAGUGGGAAGCACACCAGAGUUCUUUUGUCGGCAUAUUUUCAGCUUUUCUGGCCGUUGCUCGAGACGAGAACGUUGCCUCAACACUACAGUGCAGAUUACAUCCGGCGUUUGCUUAACGGUAUGCAUAACGUUGCAGCCAUGCACAAAAGCCUGUUCCCGGAAUAUCCUUUACGCGGGGAGCUUGACAAUAGAGAGGGGCCGUACGCAUUUCUAGAUGACACGGCAGCUGAGGGUAUCAAUUUUUUUGAAACUGAUUUCGACGAGCCCUAGGCAGAGACUAGAACGCCGACAGAAGAAAGCUGUCGUGUAGGAGUGUUCAUGAAGGGUAAACCACAGUGCAGGUGUUUGCAUUCCACGUAUUGUUCUCAAACGAAGCCAUACAAAUCAGGUUUUGAAUGACCGUAACAGUGCUGCGGCAUGAGCUUAAUACGUCGGCGUUCGUUAGCCAGCUCAUAUUGCAAUGGUAGCUUUGGCGAUCGGGACGAAAACAACCGUGAACAGAAUCUGGGCAAUGGCACCCCAGCAAUGGCACUAGGCAACAUAAGCGAUGGUUUUCUUUUCACGCGUCGUAUGGACAGUUCGUGGGUUCGUUCAUUCUACGCAUCAUGAGAGGACGAUAACGUCGCCUCACUAACAAGUUUCGACUGCUAGAGUGAGCAGGCGUAUUGUAUUCAUGAAAAACCCACAAACACUAUUGGAAUAACCGCGUGGAAUUUGCGUGCUCUGUCUUCCUGCAAUCCAGUGUUUCCCAUCAUUGAGAAUUCCGGAGUGUGCAGCUGCUGAACUCAAGGGCAAGCUGCAAUGCAGACAUGGAACAUUCAUUGUGGCCAGCAAACUACACAAAAAUCGCAUUUUUGUAUGAUUAUACUGCAUGGGCAUGGUGUCAUCAAAUGCAUUCGGCAUCAAUGCAGACGGCACCGAGCGAAGAGAAAUUGGAGUGAGUUCUAUAUUCAAAUUCCUUCACCUUCUAUACUGCUUAAAAGCCUGGUAUUUUCUUUGUUCGGCUUCUGGUUCGAAAGUUUGUGGUUUAUGACUUGGUGAGCAAGGGCGUUUCGGGCUGGGGUUCAACUUCUGGCCACGAGACGGGAUUGCUUCUGAGACGCCGGGCUAGGCGUGAUAUCAUAAUUGUUCGACUACAUAACUACGCGAGAUUUGUCCGAGGGUGUAGGGGAACCCGUCUCAAGAAGCAUUGUCAUUUUGUACAGUUAUAACGUAGUACACAGCUUGAUCCCACCAACGGAUAGCUACGAAUGUCAUUGCGAGCUGCCCCCGGCGGUAUACUUGGUCCGAUAUUGUCUCACAGAAUAUUAAACACUGCCAGCUAUAUACGUUGGCAGAAACCAUCAAAGAAGCUUUGAAUUUCAAGGAUGUUCCCAGCACGGUUCUUCAAUCAUAACUCUUUCGUCCGCAGGUACAAUCUGUUUCUCUAGAUGUACAGCAUGCACGUAUGUGUGUGGCUUUCACUCUCUGACCAGUAGGCACCAGUACCACCCUAGCAGCGAUUCUUGGUGUGCUUCGGUUGCGGCGGUUCUGAUUUCACGAGAGCUCAGGAAAUAGUCACCGCUUAUGCCGCAGCAGGGUUUUCCACAUGGACGGAAGACCAGAAGAGACCCCCCGGGGGGGCACAUAGGAGAGACGCACGGGUUCUGUCGACACGGUGCAACCACCCACCGUCCGAUAACCAGUUGCGUACAACCUGGCGGACUAGCGUCUCUAUACAAGCAAACCCGCUCCUUCCCUUGAGCUGCCCUUGGUUUCCUUUGUUUUUUGAUUCCAUGCUCAAUACCGCAGGUCCAUUUGGUGCGCCUUCUCUCUGCUUCCGGUCUUGUAAUAUAUCAGAUAACGGGACUGCGAGUACGUAGCGUUUGUGUUGGCGCGUGUUCCAGGCUCUGACGUGCUAAAGAUGGGGCUGCAGGCUCAGCGCUCCCCUUCCGCUACCUGUGUGCUGCUAUGCGAUACGCGCUCUUUUGGUAAUACGUUGAUUCUCGUUGUCAGCGUGUUAUGCCUCGCAACUGUCUCACGGGGUGGCAACGGCUGUGGAUGCUAAUCCUCAAGGCAUUCCUGUUCUCGAUGUGGCAGACAUUGCUGAAUCAAACGGAGAGAUAAGGAACUCGGGGGACGGCGUUGAACCUCGCCAAGAAUUUCGAGAGAGUCCUGAGGCGGAAACGGGGUCAAUCGACGAGGGAGGUCACGUGCCUCAAGAUGGCGCUGACACAACAGAACACGCUUCUCAUCACCUGAACUCAGCAGAAGAGAUAGCCUUACCUAAGGAUCGUACGCAUCGAGAAUUGGAGGGGUGGUCGAUGGAUCGCUCAGGCCGACCUCGUCAGAUUGCAAACAACCGCUGGAAACUUGGUGCUGCUGUAGCUGCUGUUCUGGGACUUCUGCUGGCAGCCUCCUAUUGGCACUUCCGACGACAACCACAACAAGGAAAAUCGGCUGACCAGCUUAUUGAAGAGGCGCAGACCGACUAUUCUCUCGAGCAUCGCGGUUGACCUUUAGAGCUUUCUUCGUUCCCUCCAGAGGUGCCACAGUCUCUUUCAUACAAGUCUCUAAUGAGCCGUUCUUCCAGCCAACCACUCACUGGGGGCGACGAAUCUGUGCAUGGACAGUAGGGAUCAAGCGGACAUCAUUCCAUCCAUCAGGCUCACGAUAUUUCCGGCAACCUCAAGCACUCCAAGCUGACUGAUGCUGGACAGGCAGCUCAAGGAGAGCGGGGUCAGUCCAGCCUUAUCCUCCCCUUUCUCCGUAUGGUGGUCCACUCUUCGACAGUCGUCCUCACGAUACACGGUUUCACUUCAGAAGCCAAGCAACGACACACACUGCGUUAGAUUGCAACUAUAGUAGCGAUGGAGCCGGGCUGUAAGCAGGAGUUGCGUCAGCACUUUAAAUACAAGCGAGGCAGCUACGGAUUAGUGCUACGUUGCCGACAGGUACUGACGAAACAGCGCACUUUUCAUCCAGUGUGGUCAUAUUUUUCGUUGCAGGCUGAAGCGUUGCAGACAGUGUCUUUUUCUGGUAUAUGGCAUUAAUGCAGCCUUCCAAGAUGUACCGCGUUAGCUGCGUAUUCUGUGCGUGUGUGCCCAUGUGCCAACGACCAUCUGCUGAUGCACUAAAGGUGUCGCAUGCAUAAAUGAAUUUUGAUUGCGGUCUACGCACGAGAGGGGGCUAAUGACUAAAGCCAUGAGCCCACCGCGCUGCAUGAAAUCGUACUGCAUGUUUACAGUUGUCACUGUUUCGUUGGAUCUACAGUUUUUGAACCCGACUAGAUUCAUUUGGAAACUGCGUAGUGAACCCUCAGAGCCUCCUGCAUCAGUAGGGGUCUCUGUAGUAGCUCUCAGCAUAAAUUUUUCCCCGAACAACGGAGAAAGUGAAGCGGUC